CUAAACCACAAUCUUUACCUGUCUUCUGUUCGACUCUGUUCGACUCUCUUUUUACUCUCUUUUCAUUGUCCUGUGCCGUGCACGGUCAAUAGCCAUUCCUUUCUGCAAAUACCUAUCUGAACCGGAUCACUCUCUUUGCUUCUGCUUAGCCUAGACACAGGCUCAUCCAUUCCCACCCUUAUCGUCAUCGCCAGAGAACCGGUCUUCUCUCUCUUUUAGAUCUUUCACAAUGGUCUCCUUCAAGUCGCUUGCCGCUCUGGCCCUUCUUGCCAGCUCUGCGCUCGCCGCUCCCCAUGGCCAUGCUCACACUACCUUGCACAAGCUCGAGCCCGUCAAGCGCGCGUCCAACACGACGACCUCCUCCAAGCGCGGCGCCGCUUACAACGAUGCCUCCCUCGUCGAGGCCCUCGCUUCCUCCGGCACCAUCUCCUGGGCCUACGAUUGGAACAUGUACACCAUGGGCGAUCUCCCCAGCAAUGUCGAGUUCGUGCCGAUGCUCUGGGGUACAAAGAUGUUCACCGGCUGGUUCGCCGCGAUCCAGACGCUCUUGAACUCUGGAAACAACUACAUCCUUGGUUUCAACGAGCCGGACAUGGCGUCUCAGGCCGCGAUGUCCUCGUCCGAUGCUGCCAAAUACUAUAAGAACUAUAUCAGCACCUUCGCCGGCAAGUCAAAGCUCGUCUCGCCCGCGGUCACCAACGGCGAGGGAGACGACGUCGGUCUCAACUGGAUGCGCAACUUCCUGAACUCCUGUACAGACUGCGACGUCGAUGCUCUUGCUGUCCACUGGUACGGUGACUCGGCAGACGACUUCAAGGCCUUCGUUGAAAAGGCCACCGCGCUGGCUGACGAGUUCGGUCUCAGCGAAACCUGGGUUACGGAGUUUGCGCUCAACUCGGAUUUGUCCGGCUCCGCGGAUGCCAGCACUUCGGCGGACUUCUUGAGCGAGGUGCUGCCUUGGUUGGAUGAACAUGACAAGGUCAGCCGCUAUGCGUACUUCAUGUGCUCGGAUGGCCAUCUGCUCAGUGGAAACAGCUUGAGCGUGAGUGGAAAGGCGUAUGUUUCUUGAUUGGGGCAUCUGAUCUAACCAGAUCGUCUUGUGCGCCGUUUCUUUGGAUAUACCUUUCUCUCCGAUCUAUACCCUUUUUUGUUUGAUUUGAUCCUAUUUUUGUAUCUACCUUGCUGCUUUUGUUCUUCUUCCUGGUAUUUCCAUCCAUCCUAACACCCGGGCCGUCGAUACUGCCUACCUCUUUAAAAACGCAAAGGCAGAAGAUAUGUUUAGAAAAGUUGAAUUAAAAAUGCAAAAUUUGGACCAGUUGAUCUC